GUGCAGGUCAACCCCCUGAACUGCCCGACCGUCAUCGGGCGCCUGAUUGACCUGGACUGCUCAGAGGACUUCAUCAAGAACCUGCUCCAGAACGUUCGCGCGGCCUGCCCCAUCGAGCCGCUCGUGGUCGAGGUCGAGAAGCGGAACCGCCUGCGCGUGCUGCUGCCGUGGCUCGAGGCGCGGGUGGCGGAGGGCAACCAGGACCCCUACCUGCACAACGGCAUCGCGAUGAUCUACAUCGACACGAACCGCGACCCCGAGCAGUUCCUGAAGACCAACGCCUUCUACGACUCCGCCAUCGUCGGGAAGUACUGCGAGGACCGCGACCCGCACCUCGCGUACACGGCCUACAAGCGCGCGUACGGCUCCUGCGACGAGCAGCUGGUCAACGUCACGAACAAGAACGGCCUGUUCCGGCUGCAGGC